UUACCUCAAUAAUCUCUAAUAAAGCAAAGAUGGCCUCUCUCAAAGCACAAAACAAUCUAAAACUACCCUUCUUCUUGUUGUUGGGACUUAUAGCCUUAUUAGGCCUCCCCAAAACUUGCAACGCUCAAACACCCUGCGGAUCAAGCACGUGCGCUGCAAACGAGUGUUGUAGCAAAAGUGGCUUUUGUGGCACAGAUGCAGCCUACUGCGGCGGAGACUGCCGAGGAGGCGCUUGUACCACAAAUGGAGUUUCGGUGGGGGACAUAGUGACCCCACAAUUCUUCAAUGACAUAAUGAACAACGGAAUAGCUAACAAUCAAGGUUGUCCUGGCCAAAACUUUUACUCUCGUGAGGUUUUUCUCCAAGCUCUUGAUUCCUACCCUCCUUUCGGUAGAAGUGGCUCUGUCGAUGACUCUAAACGCGAGAUUGCAGCCUUCUUUGCUCAUGUUACCCAUGAGACUGGCUCAUUCUGCUUUAUAGAAGAAAGUGAUAACCAAGCAAAAGUGUACUGUGACCAAGAGAGAGUAGGAGAGUAUCCAUGCAACCCGAGUAAGAGAUACUACGGGCGCGGGCCUCUUCAACUGACAUGGAAUUACAACUACGGAGCAGCUGGCCGAGCACUCGAGUUCAACGGCCUAGAUUCCCCUGAGAAUGUGGCCACUGACCCUCUCACUUCGUUUAAAGCCUCUUUGUGGUAUUGGAUGGAAAAUGUUCACUCUGUGUUAGACCAAGGCUUUGGUGCAACCAUUCAGAAAAUUAAUGGACCUCUCGAGUGUGGUGGUAAAGAGCCUACAAAAGUUCAAAGUCGGAUUCAGUUCUACCAAAACUAUUGUCAGCAAUUGAAUGUUGAUGUUGGAAAUCCUAAUCUCUCUUGCUUAAUUCUCAAGGUUCAUUUCCCAUCACACAAAAACAAACAUUAUUAUUAUUCUUCUUCAACAAAAAAAAUGGUUUCCCAAAAUACCCUUAUGGUAUUGGUAGUAGUAGUAGUAGCCAUGAUUCUCGGUCAAGCCGCGGCUCAAAACUGUGGGUGCGCAGCCAACGAGUGUUGCAGCCGAUUCGGCUUCUGUGGAACCACUGAGGACUACUGCGGCUCGGGCUGCCAAGAGGGACCGUGCAAGACGGCGCCGCUGGCGCCGAGCACUCAUAAUGUUACGGUUGCUGAGAUAGUGACUCCUGAAUUCUUCAAUGGGAUAUUGGAUCAAGCCGAUGCAGGGUGCGCGGGGAAGAGUUUCUACUCUCGAAACGUUUUUCUUGAAGCUCUUAAUUCGUUUUCUGGGUUUGGUCAAGUCGGGUCUAUUGAUGAUUCUAAGCGUGAAAUUGCUGCCUUUUUUGGUCACGUUACUCACGAAACUGGACAUUUUUGUUACAUAGAAGAGAUAAAUGGUCCAUCAAGGGACUACUGUGACGAAACCAACACGGAGUACCCAUGUAACCCUAGCAAAGGCUACUAUGGGCGCGGCCCCAUCCAACUAUCGUGGAACUUCAACUACGGACCAGCUGGAGAAAGCAUUGGAUUCGAUGGGCUAAACUCCCCCGAAACAGUGGCUACGGACUCUGUUGUGUCGUUUAAGACUGCGUUGUGGUAUUGGAUGGGGAGUGUUCGACCAGUGAUUGGAGAAGGGUUUGGUGCAACCAUUAGAGCCAUUAAUGGUGCACUUGAGUGUGAUGGUGGUAACUCUGCUACGGUUCAAGCUCGUGUGGAGUAUUAUACUGAUUAUUGUAAUCAACUUGGUGUUGAUCCUGGUCAAAAUCUCACUUGUUAAUUAAUUAGAUACUUGUAUUAAAAUAUAUAAUAUGCAUGCAUUAAUGAUGGUUUAGUUGAGCACACACACAAAUAAUAAAUUCUACAAGA